UUUAUUUUUAUUUCUUCGAAUUUCACUGAGAAAGUAGAAUUAAUACAAUCUCUCGUGAAAAGGUUAAAACACAGAAGAGAGAGAGAGCAAUCAUUUCCUUUUAUGUAUAUAAUCGCCCUUUUCCAUCACUGCACUCUCUUCGUCCUAAAUUCCGCCUUCCUCUCUGCAUAGAUCUCAGCAACAACAUAUAAAGUUGUGGAAGGUUUAGACAGCAUACUUGAAGUUUGAAAGGUCUUCUCCUCGAUCUUGGCUAUAGCUUGUAAGCAAGGUGACUGAUAAACACUUUCUUAGGAUAUGUCUAGCUCGACGAAAAUUCUGGAUCCUGCAUUUCAGGGUGUUGGCCAAAGACCAGGGACUGAAAUCUGGCGAAUUGAGAACUUUCAGCCAGUACUUUUGCCAAAGUCUGAGCAUGGUAAAUUCUACAUGGGGGAUUGUUACAUUGUUUUACAGACAAGUGGUGGCAAAGGAGGCUCUUAUAUCUAUGACAUUCACUAUUGGGUUGGAAAAGAUUCAAGUCAAGAUGAAGCUGGAACUGCAGCAAUCAAGACGGUGGAACUUGAUGCAGUUCUUGGAGGCCGUGCAGUUCAGCAAAGGGAACUUCAAGGUCAUGAAUCUGACAAGUUUUUGUCGUACUUUAAACCAUGCAUCAUUCCACUAGAAGGGGGUUUUGCUUCUGGAUUCAAGAAAUAUGAGGAAGAGAAGUUCGAAACACGACUCUAUGUUUGCAGAGGAAAACGAGCUGUCAAAUUGAAGCAGGUUCCAUUUUCUCGCUCUUCACUGAAUCAUGAUGAUGUGUUUAUCCUGGACACUGAGCAUAAGAUUUAUCAAUUUAAUGGCGCAAACUCCAAUAUCCAAGAAAGAGCAAAGUCUUUGGAAGUAAUUCAGUAUUUCAAGGAAAAGUACCAUGAGGGAACGUGCGAUGUUGCAAUCAUUGAUGAUGGAAAGCUUGUAGCCGAGUCAGAUUCAGGUGAGUUCUGGGUCCUUUUUGGUGGUUUUGCACCCAUUGGAAAAAAGGCUGCAAGUGAAGAUGACGUUACCCUGGAGACUACACCUGGAAUGCUUUAUAGUAUUGCCGAUGGCGAGGUGAAGAUGGUAGCUGAAGGUCCACUUACCAAAGCAGCAUUGGAAAACAACAAAUGCUAUUUGCUGGACUGUGGGGCUGAAGUAUUUGUCUGGGUUGGCCGAGUAACACAAGUGGAGGAAAGAAAAGCUGCAAGCCAAGCUGCUGAGGAAUUUAUUGCUAGUCAAAAUCGACCAAAAUCCAUCCGCAUAACCCGGGUAAUUCAAGGGCAUGAGACACGUUCGUUCAAGUCCAAUUUUGAGUCUUGGCCCAUGGGCUCAGGGACUUCUGGUGCAGAGGAUGGAGGAAGAGGAAAAGUAGCAGCUAUGCUGAAGCAGCAAGGAGUCGAUGUCAAAGGAAUCGCGAAAGGUGCUCCUGUAAAUGAGGAAGUCCCCUCGUUACUUGAAGGAGGUGGAAAAAUUGAGGUAUGGCGCAUCAAUGGCAGUGCAAAGACCCCAGUUCCCAAGGAGGAGAUUGGCAAAUUCUAUGCUGGAGAUUGCUACAUUAUUCUUUACACAUAUCAUUCUGGUGAUAAGAAAGAAGAUUACUUCUUAUGCUGUUGGAUGGGGAAAGACAGUAUUCAGGAGGAUCAAGUGAUGGCUGCUCGAUUGGCUAAUACAAUGUCAAAUUCCUUAAAGGGGAGACCUGUUCAGGGCCGUAUUUUUCAAGGAAAAGAGCCACCACAAUUUAUUGCACUCUUUCAGCCUAUGGUCAUCUUGAAGGGUGGAGUCAGCUCUGGUUACAAAAAGUUUGUAGCAGAGAAGGGUUUGAAUGAUGAAACUUAUGCUGCUGAUAGUGUUGCGCUGGUCCAAAUUUCUGGUGCUUCAGUGCAUAACAAUAAAGCAGUUCAAGUUGAUGCGGUCGCAACAUCCUUAAGUUCUACUGAUUGUUUCGUGUUGCAAUCUGGCUCUUCAAUUUUCACCUGGCAUGGAAACUUAAGUACAUUUGAGCAACAACAGUUGGCAGCAAAAAUUGCUGAAUUUUUGAAGCCCGGUGUUGCUUUGAAACAUGCUAAGGAGGGAACAGAGAGCUCUGCAUUCUGGUUUGCACUUGGCGGGAAGCAAAGUUACACGAGCAAAAAGAGUGCUCAAGAGACUGUUAGAGAUCCCCAUUUGUACACAUUUUCAUCCAAUAAAGGAAAGUUUGAGGUUACCGAGGUUUUCAACUUCUCUCAAGAUGAUCUAUUGACUGAGGAUAUGUUGAUACUGGACACACAUGCUGAGGUUUUUGUUUGGGUUGGUCAGUCUGUGGACUCCAAAGAAAAGCAAAAGGUUUUUGAGAUCGGACAGAUGUACAUAGAACUGGCAGCAACAACAGAAGGGUUGUCUCCAGAUGUACCUUUGUACAAGGUGACAGAAGGGAAUGAACCAUGUUUCUUCACUACAUACUUCUCGUGGGAUUCUACAAAAGCUACUGCUCAAGGAAAUUCAUUUGAAAAGAAGCUUUUGUGGCUCCUUGGAACAGCAAUUCAUGCUCUGGAGGGCCAUGAUAAAUCUAAUGGUUCGAGUGGACCAACUCAACGGGCUUCGGCUUUGGCUGCUUUGUCCUCUGCAUUCAAUCCAUCUUCUGGAUCCAAAACUUCAGGUCCAAAGCCAUCUAGUUCAGGCCAGGGAUCACAGAGGGCAGCUGCAGUAGCAGCUCUCUCGUCAGUCCUUACAGCAGAACAAAAGAAGGCAGGGGACGCCUCUCCCACACGGGUCAGCAGAAGUCCUUCAGCUGAUCCAUCCGAUAGGACGAAGGGUGAUAGUUCUCCCACGGUGGAGGAUACUCAAGAAGUUUCAGCUGACAAGGAGACCAUAGAGGGAGGAGGAUCUCCAUCUGGAUCUGAAAGCAGUGGAGAAGAUUUGACACCGAAGGAGUUACCAUCCGAUGAGAACGGAGGCGGAAGUACAUUCAGUUAUGAGCGUGUGAAAGCAAAGUCCACCAACCCAGCUAGUGGGAUUGAUUACAAGCGAAGGGAGGCCUAUCUAUCUGAUGCCGAGUUCGAGAGUGUGUUGGGGAUGAAGAAAGAAGCAUUUUAUCGACAGCCAAAGUGGAAGCAGGAUAUGCAGAAAAGGAAGGCCGAUCUCUUCUAAGGGUGGGAUACAAAAGGAUCAAACGACUGUUUCUACUAUUCCUUUCAUUUCUUAUUCCUUGGUGGAUUUUCGUUGAGAUGUGGUUAAUGGUUAUUAUGCUUGCAUUGCUUUAGUUUGCUGUUUUUCAGAUGACAAGACUGCUGCUCGUUUUGUGCCUGCCGGGAGUGUUUUUUUUUUUGUUGAACGGCAGUAGGCCAUUCUUUUAUUUUAUGCGAGCAGAUGGGCCUUAGGUUGCUCGCUGGUUUGCUUAGUAUGUGUGAUAGGGGGAACCCACAUGUUUGGGUAGUAACGGUUAUGUCUCUUUCAUCUGUUUGCUGAAAAGAGGUGUGUAUAUGUAUUAAUGGAACAAUGAUUCAUUGCAGGGGUGGGGAGUUCAUAUUUCUUUCUCGCUGGGCAUUGUUGGAAUGUUCUUGUUGGUCAUAUCAUGUAUAAAAAAGAAAUGAUGAUGAUUAUGCG